AUGAAGUGGCUCACCUCACUCAGAAACUCCGUCGUAGGAGGUCCCCAUCUCUACAACAAUGACAAGGACAGCUGCUCAGAGUGCGAUUCAGACACCGAAUCAGUCUCUUGGACUAGAAAGAUGUUCGAUCCCCCGGUGAAACAACAGCGGGAAGAUUACACAGACUCCGAAGACGAAGCUGGAGCUCCUUCGGGAUCUCGUGAAAUGGAACAACUGACCACCAUUUGGACCAAGACGGAUCUUUACAUGGCCUGGGCUUCCAUGCUUCUGCUUUCUGUCGCCAUUGGAAUGAUGAUCCAGACCGUGUCUGUAUACUCCACGUACGCCACCUCAGACUUCAACCAAAUGUCGCUUCUGUCGGCCCUCAAUGUGGUCAAAUCGGUCAUGUACAUUGCUACACGGCCCAUUCUGGCCAAGUUUGCCGACGUUCUGGGCCGUUUUGAAACAGUGCUCAUCUGUAUCGUCAUCUUCACUGUUGGAUUCAUCAUGCUGUCGGCCUCACCCAACAUUGGCACCUACUUUGCAGCCCACAUCUUCUACAUCUUUGGCCAGGUGGGUAUCCAGUUCAUGGAACAGGUGUUUGCCGCCGACACUUCGGAUCUUAAAAACCGCAUGUUCUUUGUCGUCCUUCCAAACCUCUGCUAUCUCUUCACCCCUUGGUGUGCAGCUCCUAUCACGAACGCCAUUCUCAAACACUCGACUUGGCAUUGGGGCUACGGAAUGUGGUGCAUAACCGUGCCGGUUGUAUCUAUCCCAGCCCUCACCAUCAUGUUCAGACACAGGAUGAAGGCCCGCAAAAUGGGCCUGGAAUGCGCAAGAUCGGGUCUGAGCAAUGUCAAAACAGCCAUGCGCCAGUUUGACAUUAUAGGACUCAUUCUGUUCACUGGAGGAAUCAGUCUGUUGUUUCUGGCUGUUACUCUCGUCAAAACCUCAAAGUCCUGGAGCCAGCCACAUGUGCUGUCUAUGAUCAUCAUCGGACCUAUCCUGCUCAUACUGUUCCCCAUCUGGGAAAAACUCUACCCCAAGUACCCCUUCCUGCCCUUCUCAGCUCUCAAAGACAGAACUCUCAUCACCGGCUGCAUCAUCGUCGCCCUCUACUCUCUGGCUUACUACAUCUACGCUCCCUACUACACGGCCUGGCUGCUGGUGUGCAAGAACCUGUCUGUCACCGCUGCUACAAACACCCGAGUCACCUGGACCGUGGCUUCCACCUUUGGUUCGCUCCUAGUCGCCCCUCUCAUCAGAUACACCUACCGACUGAAACCAACAAUCAUUCUGGGAGGGUGUCUGUACAUGCUGGGUCUGGGGCUCACCUACAGAUACCGACAACCGGACAACUCGCUGGCCCAAUUCAUCAUUGCGCAAGUCAUUGAAGGACUGGGAACAGGAAUGAUCCAGUAUCCGGUGCUGGUUCUCAUUCAGGCCGUGGUAUCCCACAAACAGGUGGUAGCAGCGACUGCCAUCUUCUACUCCUCAAUCUCUGUAGGAGGAGUCAUUGGAGACGCCAUUUCAGGCUCCAUGUACAGACAACAGUAUCCCAAAAGACUGGCAGACUACGCUCCGUUCCUUUCGGAAAAAGACAUUGACACCAUGGUCAACAAUGUCAAUGCUCCAUUGAAGUACGCCUGGGGCUCUGAGGAGAGAACCGCCAUCAUUGCAGCUUUCAACAACGUCUACAGACACCUGCUCUACGGCCCAGUCAUUGUUGGAGGAGCUCUGAUCCUCUUUGCCGUCACUCUUCCUAAUGUCGAUCUUAGUCAGAUGGAAGAGAGAGUCAAGGGUGUUGUCUUUGGAAAUACCAACAAGAAAGAGACCGAGAGAAACGAUGAUGAGAACCAAGACCUCGGUUCUGAAAAGUCCUGCCAGAAAGACAAUGUCGUCGAGACAAAGGUCUAA